GGAGAUGUCAUGUGCAUGUCAUUCAUUAUGUCACGUUUGUCUGUCAACAACAAAACGGCGUUGUUUUUAUCGUAAAGAUUUUAAUGAUAAUUCAAGUUUAUUUUACACCAAGUUACAUUACAUAUUACCUUAUCACAAAUAUACAUUGUAAAUAUUAAAUCGCGUGUACGAAUUCAGAAUAAAUCAGUGAAUUUCAACAGUCGAAAUGACAGGGAGAGCCAAGAAAGCGGUGGCGCCAAAGAAAAAAGCCAAUGGAUACAAGAUGCCAGCCCCUAUUGCUCAAGGAGAGAUAAUUAACGACCCUAUAGGGAAGAAAGCCUGGCGAAUAGGGCCUUCGAUAGGCGUCGGGGGCUUUGGGGAAAUCUACUCCGCCUGUGAAAACUCAAGCUCUCCUAAAAAAGGAUCCAAUUAUCCUUAUGUGGUAAAAAUUGAACCUCAUGAAAAUGGUCCACUGUUUGUCGAAAAACAUUUCUAUGUAAGAAAUGCCAAUAAAGAUGACAUCUCGAAAUUCAUGAAGUCAAAGAAAUUGAACAGUUUGGGUAUGCCCACAUACCACGGAAAUGGAUCUCAUGUGUACAAAGGGGAAAAAUACAGAUAUCUGGUCCUGGAGCGAUACGGGAAAGAUGUUUGGAGCUUGUUCAAAGACUGCGGAAGGCAAUUUCCACCUGCUACUGUUUUCCAAUUAGGAUUGCAAAUGCUAGAUGUGCUCGAAUACAUACAUAGUCGAGGCUAUGUCCAUGCUGAUAUCAAAGGUGCCAAUAUUCUCAUGGGGCUCCAGAAAGGCAAGGAGAACCAAGCCUAUCUCGUAGACUUUGGUCUGGCCACGCGGGUGUCUGAUAAGGAGUUCAAACCGGACCCCAAAUGUGCUCACAAUGGCACUAUUGAGUAUACUAGCAGGGAUGCUCAUUUAGGAGUGCCAACAAUGCGAGGCGACCUGGAGAUCCUGGGGUAUAACAUGCUGCAGUGGCUGCUGGGGACGCUGCCGUGGGAGCGCAGCCUGCAGGCGCCCAAGGCCGUGCAGGACAUGAAGGACACGUUCAUGAAGAACGUGCGGAGCAACGUCGCCAAGUACAGCAAUAUACCAGAUGAACUUAUAAAAUUUUUAGAAUAUAUAAACACAAUGAAACCAAAAGAUAUGCCAGACUACACAAAAUGCAGGCAAUUGUUUGAAAGUUACCUCAAAAAGCAGGGCUUGUCUUCGAGCAGCAAGAUCAGCUUCACUCAGACCAAGGGUAAACCGAGCAAAGUUACAAAGACUGCUAUUACUAUUGGAAGUGAUGGAACUGAUUCUACUGAAGAAAAGGCUGCAAAGAAAAAGAAACCUAAUGGUAUAUUACCUAAAGCACAAAGAGGAAGAAAAGCAAAGGUGGAGUCUAGUAUAGAAAAAAAUGAUAGUGAAAAGUCUGAUGAUGACAACGAUUCAGAUUAUGAAGCUUUAUCAACUAAGAAACCGAAACAAAAUGGAACAAGCAAAGUUAAAAGAGGCCGCAAGCCUAAAAUAGUUGAGUCAAGUCCAGAGUCUGAGAAUUGUGAGAACGAGGAACCUGACGCAGAAGACAGUAUAGACACGAAAAAGCCGCCAAGAAGAAAUCAGAAACGGCGGUCGACAGAACCAGCUGUUGUUGUUAAAGUAAAGAAAACUAAACUGACGCCGAAAGCCACGCCGCCUGCUAAGAAGAACCACGCGAACAUCGCGACACAAACCUCCACAGACAAGAAGUGGCGCAGCCCUAGACAGGUGUCCUUCGACAGCCCUAUAUGCGAGAUCAUAGGAGAGAAGAAACCGUUGAAAAAUUCCAAAGACAACGACUCUGCUGACUCCAGUGUUGAUAUUUUCGAAGACUCAUUUGAGGUUGAACAGAAAAAAGUUAAACCGAAGAGGAAAUUAUUAUCACAACAGGAAGUUACAAUGAAGAAAGUAAUUAAGAAAACAGUGACUUCCGCCAAACCGAAGGGAAAGUUGAAAACCAGUCCUUAAGAAGUUUUUGUAAGUGAUGGACUUCAUAUCAAGUAGCAUUGUACGCAAUGAGCGAGUACUUAGUGCCAAUUUUGUACAAAUACAAUCUGUAUAUGAAAUUACACUGCAUUUUUUUAGAAACAAUAUCAGACAAAAAUUUCAUUUUUUUCUUAUUUAUCUUGCUGUUUGUUUUAACAUCUGAAAAUUGUUUCAGUGAUAUUUGAUUUGUGUUAUUUUAAGCUAAUUUUAGAACUGUUGACGCGGUAAGAGACAUGUACUUGCAUUUCAUGUAAUCAUUAAAAAUACGUGAAAUUAUUCUUCAAAUGCUAUAUUUUUUAAAAUUGUAUGUCUUACCUCAAGCUAAAUCAUAAAAUAUGCGCUAAGCGUCUUAUUUAAUGUUCAAUUACUAUUAGUAGUAGUCAAAAUACUCCCUAUUCCAUUUUUCUUGAUAUUCUUUCAAAGGUAGGUGAAAACUGAAUAACGCUGUAUAUAUACAUCUAUUUUAUUAUCUAUGUAUGCAUGGAAAUAUGUAUAUUUUAUUAUUAUUAUGAUUCAGUGAAUGUACACGCAUUUUCCAUCUGCCUUUAGAAUAGUAACUAUAACUAUGUAACCAUUCGUAUUUUGGUUGAAAUCUUGAAAUUUCGAUUGUUAUUUAAAUGUAUGGAUUCUUAUUCUUGUGCGAAUGAAAUGUGUUACGUUGUACUUGUUGACAGCCGUUUUGAAAUGUUGAUUUGUUUGAUGUUCAUUGUAAGAUCGUGUAUAAUUAACAAUAAACAGUAUUUCUUAAAUA